AUGGCUAAUGACAGCGGCGGGCCCGGCGGGCCGAGCCCGAGCGAGCGAGACCGGCAGUACUGCGAGCUGUGCGGGAAGAUGGAGAACCUGCUGCGCUGCAGCCGCUGCCGCAGCUCCUUCUACUGCAGCAAGGAGCACCAGCGCCAGGACUGGAAGAAGCACAAGCUCGUGUGCCAGGGCGGCGAGGGCGCCCCCGGCCACGGCGCGGGCCAGCACCGGCACCCCGGCCCCGCGUCCGCCGCCUCCGCGCCGCAGCCCAGGGCCGGCGGGGCCGGGGCCAGGGAGGCCAGGAAGGCACCGCCGCGCCGGGACAGCGCCGCCGAGAAGGCGGGCCCGCGGGCCGCCGGGGACGCGGCCAUGGCAAAGGCCAAGCCCGCGGCCGACCCCGCGGCGGCCGCGUCCCCGCCUCGCGCGGCUACCGGCGGCCAGAGCCAGGCGGCGGCGGUCGAGGCGGAGCCCGCGAAGGAGGAGGACCCGGAGAAGACGAACCUGUACCCGCCCAGCCACACGCCGGGCGAGGGGCUGAGCCCCGGCGGCGGCCUGCGGCCCAACGGGCAGACGAAGCCGCUGCCGGCGCUGAAGCUGGCGCUGGAGUACAUCGUGCCGUGCAUGAACAAGCACGGCAUCUGUGUGGUGGACGACUUCCUGGGCAAGGAGACCGGGCAGCAGAUCGGCGACGAGGUGCGCGCCCUGCACGACACCGGCAAGUUCACGGACGGCCAGCUGGUCAGCCAGAAGAGCGACUCGUCCAAGGACAUCCGAGGCGAUAAGAUCACCUGGAUCGAGGGCAAGGAGCCGGGCUGCGAAGCCAUCGGGCUGCUCAUGAGCAGCAUGGACGACCUGAUCCGCCACUGCAACGGGAAGCUGGGCAACUACAGAAUCAACGGCCGGACGAAAGCCAUGGUUGCUUGUUAUCCAGGCAAUGGAACGGGUUAUGUGCGUCAUGUUGAUAAUCCAAAUGGAGAUGGAAGAUGUGUGACGUGUAUAUAUUACCUUAAUCAAGACUGGGAUGCCAAGGUAAGUGGAGGUAUACUUCGAAUUUUUCCAGAAGGCAAAGCCCAGUUUGCUGACAUUGAACCCAAAUUUGAUAGACUGCUGUUUUUCUGGUCUGACCGUCGCAACCCUCAUGAAGUACAACCAGCAUAUUCUACAAGGUACGCAAUAACUGUUUGGUAUUUUGAUGCAGAUGAGAGAGCGCGAGCUAAAGUAAAAUAUCUAACAGGUGAAAAAGGUGUGAGGGUUGAACUCAAUAAGCCUUCCGAUUCCAUCAGUAAAGACGUCUUAUAGAGCCUUCAAUCCAGCAAUACCCCACUCCACCUACAAGAAUUGUUGACGCUCUUUGUUAACUUGUGAAUAUGAAUAAAGAAAAAUAGACAA